AUGGGUCUUGGUAUCUUAGACGACAACAAGCUCGAGCAUGUCCCGGGCACAGCCUUGCUGGCUGACAUGCUGGAUGCCCAGCAUCAUCAGUACCAUGGUCGUGACACCAGUAACCUGAAACAUGGCACUGGUCGUAACGCGGAUAUUGUUCUCGUCCCCCAGCCAAGUGAUUCACCGAGGGAUCCUCUCAACUGGCCAACCUGGAAGAAGGAUCUUGCGUUGCUGAUCAUCUCUGUCGACACAGCUGUCGUCGGUGCUUGGGGACCGAUGAUCUCGCCCGGAUUUGCUGAAAUGGCCGAGGAAUGGCACAUGUCCUACAACGCCCUCAACGGAGGCCUCGGCUGGGCCAUUUUUGCCAUUGGCAUCAGUUGUUUUGUGACCAAUGCACUCUCUGUCAAAUUCGGCCGUCGUCCUGUCAUGAUCCUGGGGAACUUGUUGCUCUUCAUCUCCUCGGUUUGGGGUUACUUCGCACACAGCUAUCAUUCUCUUCUGGCCAGCCGUAUCUUUGGCGCCAUUGGAAUGAGUCCUUUUGAAGUCCUCACGACGGCAAUCAUUGGAGACAUGUACUUUGUUCACGAACGUGGUCUGCGGCUCGCUUUCUGGGGUCUCUGUCUCAGCAUUGGUGUAGGUGGUGCUAGUGUCAUAUCUGGCUACAUCAUUCAGGACAUUGGCUGGAACUGGACGUACGGUAUUUGCGCGUGUUUCUAUGGCGCAUUCAUCAUCUUGAUUUUCUUUUUCGUUCCGGAGACCGUCUACCAGCGUGACCCGGCUUACAACUUGGACUUGGGCACGCACGACCACACUUUUGAGACCUUGGACGCUCAGGUCAUCAAGGGCGGACAUCCGGAGCACCUGGAAAAGACCAAGACUGGUAGCAAAGUUCAUACCGAAGUCAUCUAUACCGGUGCCGACGAGAAGCCUUACACAUUCUGGGAAGAGCUGAAACCUGUGCGAGGGAUCGAGUCAGACGAGAAUUUGCUUUACAUCAUCUUCCGUCCGUUCGGCAUGCUUCUCUUCCCUCAAGUGCUCUACGGCUUCAUCACUUACGGUCUAUCAACCUCCUGGCUCGUCGUCAUGAUCAGUGUGUUGGCACAACUUUUCACUGGGCCCCCCUACAACUUUUCGGUCUCGGACGUUGGACUGAUCAGCAUUGCCGCGCUGGUCGCUUCUCUCCUCGGAUUUGUCGCGGGUCCUCUGAACGACUGGACUGUCAAGAAGCUUGCCAGAAUGAACAACGGCAUCUACGAACCUGAAUUCCGCCUUGCGCUAAAUGUCCUCACGCUCGUCUUGGGCGUGGUGGGAUUCUUUGGAUUUGGUGCCACCUUGCAGAAUGAAGCCCCAUGGGCAGGUCCGGUCGUUCUUUACGGCAUCAUCUAUUUCUCCAUGUCCUUCUUGAACAUUGGUGUCUAUGGCUACAUCACCGAGUGCCACCGAAACAAAGCUCCAGAAGCAUUUGCCUCGAUCAAUCUGCGAAACAUCUAUUCGUUUGGAAUGAACUAUUUCAUCUCCAGUUGGAUUUCGAACCAGGGGCCUUUGGAAGUCUUCUCAAUUAUUGGCGGCGUCCACAUCUUCAUCCUCCUUCUCACGAUUCCCAUGUGGAUCUUUGGAAAACGCUGUCGGAGUUUCACUGCGCGCAAUCCAUUCUUCCGCAAGAUCCAAGAGUCAUGA